AUGAGGCUGUUAUGGAGUCUCUUUCUGUUUAUACCGAUUACGAUAGCGUCGUACUGUGGCGAGAACGGGGUGCCGUUUAGUAUGGAAGUGUUGUCGAACGGGUUUCCGGUGCUUGGUUGUGCUCAGCCGUCUUGUAUAGCACAACCAGAUGAAGGAUAUGAUGACUCUGUUUUUGAAACAGAUCCUAGUGGACAGGUCGACGGAUUUUUCCGAGAUGGCGAUCGUGCACAGAAUACUUUUUGGAGGGCAAACAAGUUCAAAGCGAACUGCUCGGGCGCCUUCGACGAACUUGCCUGUGUCCGGAAAAACCAAUGGGUCGGCGGCAUCGAGUACAUCGACCAUCCUCGGCAACCCCUGGUGCUGCAAUGCUGCAGUUUCGAGGGUCUGCGCUUCUCCCAAGAUGUUGGGGUGACCACGAUUUCGGCUGGGGAAGCGGUCACCGGCGGAGAAGUAAUCCGUGAUGGUCGUCAAAUUUCGUUUGAUGUUAUUGCUAAUGUGCGCAAAGUGAUCGAUCCGGAGGAUAAGUCGGUCUCAUACGAGGUGACGGUCCGCCGGAUGAACUGUCUACCAGAUCCGCCGGAGAUCGAGGUGGCAUAUGAGCAAGACAUUGAUGAUGAAAUCUACCGGGUUUUGGGUACCGCUGGCAACACAACGCUCAAAUCCAAGGAGAUCGAACCUCCAAUUCAGAAAUACAAGAAAAAACCAGUGCGGGAACCCAAACGAAAACCUUCUAAACAAAGAAAGCGUCCAAACAGCGAAUUCGCUUUUGGAGCCCCGAAUUUCGACCCAAUAAAGGCACCCUCCAACCCUCCAACCAGAUACCCUAAAAUCACCAACGAUGAUGAGCCGGAGGCUUUUACAAUGCAGCCCUACCAUAGAACGGUUCCUGCCCGUCGCCCACGACAGAGACCCUCCACAACCGCAAAUCCAUUACCAUCAACCCCGACCACAACUGUGGCACCGGAAACCACGUCGGUUUUCACGCCAGUUACGAUUGGAAGAGAUCAGUUCGCUCAAAUGCAACCCGGAGCCGUUACCCCAGCUCCGUUCAACCAUCUUCAAUUCCCCGGCUUCAACUUCCAACCCGUGCAACAAUCCCCUCAACUGUACAACCCAUUCCAGCUUCCGCCCCAUCCACACUUUGGAAUGGUCACACCUGCUCCAAAUCCAUUCGGGUUCCCUCAACCACAGCAUGAACAAUAUUACCAUCACCAAUUCCCCGGCCUGCAGACCGCGCAAAACUACGGGGUGCUGAACCCCAGCGGUUUUGGACAUGCGCAGCUCUCCCCCAUUGGCCCAGCAGCAGAAUGUGAUCAGCGUCGCGUCGCCGCAAUAUUCGCCGCUUUCGGCAUUCCAAUUUGGGCAACCAUUCGGCAUUCCACAACCUGUGCAGCAGCCUGUCUGGCAACCAUAUGGCCAGAAUUUGCAGCAGAGCCCAACCCCCGUUUCACCUACAACAUGAAAUCAAUCAUUAUAUGCCUCCUAGUUUUUCUAAGCAGCUACAUCGGAGCGGUCGAUGCCGAGCAGUGCAUCUUGAUUUCAAACGAUUUCAACAUUCAACAAUACCCUACAUUGCACUACUUCGCACCAGGAGCAACAAACGUCACAAAAUACCUGGCUUUUGAAAGUCUCGAGGAAUUGCAGAAGUUUGCCAAGGAUAUUGACCGGAAA